UUCCUCAGCGAUAGGUAUCCCACGAUUACAGUACUGAAUAGCUUACUGAAUACUCCUAACUUUUGCACGAACAAGGCAAACCAAUUUGCACAACGAGUCAAUGUCACAAGCACACUAUGCACUAGCAGUAGUAUAACCAAGGGCAGCAGCUGUAUUUCUCUAUCGCACGCUCAUGCAGUCAUGCCGCUGGUUAGAGAGUAGAGACUAGAGACUAAAGCAUGAAGGACACAAGCAAGCCCACACGGGCGUCGCGCUCAGUCGGGAAACUCCUGUAUGUGGUUCAUAUGUUUCUCUUCGUCUCCUUGGGAUUUGUCCUAGGCAUGGCGUCCAUAUCCAAGUUUCCAAACAUGAUCUACACCCCUUUCGUUGCAUCAUUGCCCUUUCCAACGCCGCCGCCGCCGCCGCCUACGCCGUCUCCGCCGCGUCCACCGCCUCUACCAGCAACGCCAUUGCUGCCAGCACCACGGAACCUAGGAAGAAUGGGGCUGAUGGACUUGCUUGCACCAAGCGGCGUUAUCCACAACAUGACCGACGAGGAGCUAUUCUGGAGGGCGUCUAUGGCGCCGAAGGGACAUCGCACGCCUUACCACCGUGUGCCCAAGAUCGCUUUCUUGUUCCUGGUGAGAGGGGAGCUGCCACUGCGGCCUCUGUGGGAGAAGUUCUUCGCGGGGAACGACCAAGAGCUCUACUCCAUCUACGUGCACCCUGAUCCAUCCUACACCGGCUCGCCGCCCAGGGACUCCGUGUUCUACGGCCGCAUGAUCCCAAGCAAGGAAACGAAGUGGGGGCACGUGAGCCUGGUGGAGGCAGAGAGCCGGCUGCUGGCGAGCGCGCUCCUGGACCACAGCAACGAGCGCUUCGUGCUGCUGUCCGAGGCGUGCAUCCCCGUCUACAACUUCUCCACCGUCUACGCCUUCCUCGCCGGCUCCGCCACCAGCUUCGUGGACAGCUACGGGAACGGCGACUGCCGCGCGCGCUACGACAGGUUCUUCGCCGAGCGCACCAACAUCACGAUCGAGCACUGGCGCAAGGGCGCGCAGUGGUUCGAGAUGGACCGGGCCCUGGCGCUCGAGGUCGUCGGCGACGAGCCCUACAUCCAGAUGUUCCGCGACUUCUGCGUCGGGCGGUGGCGCUGCCUCACCGACGAGCACUACCUGCCGACGCUGCUCAACCUGCUGGGGUGGGCGCGCAACGCCAACCGGAGCCUCACGUACGCGGACUGGAAGCGGCCGCAGGGGAUGCACCCGCACACCCACGACGGGGCGGAGGUGACGGAGGAGCUGCUCAACAGGAUCAGGGAGGACGGCGGCAACCGCUGCUUCUACAACGGCGCCCGCGCCGGGAUCUGCAGCCUGUUUGCGCGCAAGUUCUCGCCGGACACGCUCCAGCCGCUGCUGCGCUUGGCUCCCAAGGUCAUGGGCUUUGGGUGAACUCAUGGCAUGGCUAAGACUAAAAUUGUAUCAUCUACAGUAAUUCCUACUAGCGCAUCUGAGAAAAAAAAACAGUUGCUUUACUUAUACUGUAUUAAUUAGUUCUUGAAGUUUGUUAUUUAUUUCAACUACCUAAAGGUUCUGUAGCUGCGUGAAGAAGCCAACUUUUUUUCAGCAGACUUGUGCAGCUGCUGGAACCACACUGCUGCUUGGACAUGUUUGACCCAGAAGAAUAUAGAAACAGAUCAGAACAUGCAUCACAAGUUAUGCAUCCUCGUUUA